CACUUUUGUUUUCCCACAUUGUCGUUUAUAUUGUGAUUUUUUAAAAUUAAAACAAAAAUGAUUAAUAAUCCAUUUAGGAAACAACAAACAAAUAAAAACACCAAUAACAGAAUAUCUGAAAAGACUAAACAGUGGGGAAAAAUUCCAUUUAAACCAAAAUCUGCUGCAGUUGGGAGGGAACAUGCUGGAAACUCGACACCUUGGGCGGAAUUCAAGAAUCAAAUAUUGGAAACAAAUAAACAUGCAGACGCUAUAAAUAUAAAUACAGAGGAUGCCAAACAACAUCUUAAGAAACGUGAAGAAAAUUACAGAAGAAACCUUAUUGUAGAAAAACGAAAAUUAGAAACUGUUUGGGAUGACUUUGGCGAAGCAGAAGAAUCCAACGAUGUGCCGCAAAACAACAUAGAUCAGAAAUUUGUGAAGUCUCCACAUGUUGAUAAACAAAACAAUAAACAGAAAAACAACAAAUUUAAGAAGAAGUUCAAUCGACAGCAAGACAAUACUCAAACGUUUAUAAAUGAAGAUUUGCUUAAAAACUUUGAUAGUAAAAAAUUAACUUUUGAACAAAAUAACAAAUUGCGAAAAGUAAUAACUGCAAAUACUAUGUUGGCAAAAAACAAUAACCUAUCAACUACUAUAAAAAAUAUCAAACACAAACAAGGAAAAAAUAUAUUUUUAAAGAAACAGAAAGAAAAGUAGUUAAAUUAUAAUAAAAUAGAUAUACGUAUUAAUAAAGAGUUUUUGUAUGCCAUAAAUUGUUUUUAUAAAAUCAAAUAUUUUAAGAAAAUAAU